AUGCAUCAAGAGAGCCCAGCUGCCUACCAAAAGUCUGGAAAGUUUUGGAGUAAGGUCAAGUCCUCUACAAAAUCUUUCUCUUCAUCGUUCUCCCAGCUUUCUUUGAAGCAAGAGCGCGAUGGUGAUACCCCAACUUCUACUGUAGUCCACAAAGCUCUGGUAAAGUUUUACUCCACCCAGGAGCCUUUCCAGGGCUUUCCAGACUGGCUAGGGCACAAAGAAGACCUUCCUGAUGAACAGAAGGUGCUACGGAAACAAAAACAUCACUCGCCUACUCACAGCACAAAACCCUCGGAGCCUGCGCUUCAUCUGCCUUCAACUUGCAGCAACUCAGCCGCAGUCACGCCAACACCUCGUACCGCAGGAACAGACUUUCGGGGUAUCUAUAAAAGUAGUUCAGAGUCCCGAGCUACGAGCGUCGACUAUAUGGGUUCACGUCCUUUACCGCGGCAAUCCCAAGAUGCAAGUCGGCAGGAAAAUACAGCCCAAUUGCCUCCUCCAACCCAAAGAACCUCUUCGAUGCUAAUGCGUGAGCGUUUAAAGCGCAAAUAG